AUACGUUCACUCACAAGUUGCCUGGUGUGAAUUCCUAGUAGUAAUAGCUCGAAAACAACAAGCCAAAAUGUCGAUGAUGUUCAAUGCAGAGUGGGGCUACCUGGAGGCCCUAACGCGUGGUUUCAAGAACGGCAUGCUGAAGCACUCGGACUAUCUAAAUCUAACCCAGUGCGAGUCCCUCGAGGACGUGAUGAUCAGUAUCCAGGGCACCGACUACGGCCUCAUCUUUGGCGGCGAGAAAUCAGAGCCGUGCGUGGAGGUGAUCGAGCAGUGCCUGAGGGACCGCCUACUGCAGCAGUACUCCUACAUACGCAGCCAUUCGACGGAGCCGCUGACCACCUUCAUGGAGUUUAUACGUUAUCCGUUCAUGAUCGAUAACGUAGCGCUUCUGGUCGCCGGCCUAAACAACCGCCGAUCCAUGAAGCGUUUGCUAAAAAUGUGCCAUCCGCUGGGUGAAUUCGAUCAACUGGGCGCCAUUGAAGUGGCCACUAAUUCCGCGGAGCUCUUCGAUGCCGUCCUGAUUGACACGCCCAUUUCUCGGUUCGUGCCACGCGACUUGCCCAUGGAGUCCCUGCGUUACCUCGACGUGGAGAUUGUGCGAGCCCAUCUGUACCGCUCGUAUCUGGAGACCUUCUACGCCUACUGCAGCCAACUGGGCGGCAACACCGCCAGCGUGAUGACCAAUCUGCUGUCCUUCGAGGCGGAUCGUCGGACCAUCACAAUAGCAGUGAACGCUAUUGACAGUGAUAUCAGUGCGAAGGAGCGUCUUAAGAUGUUCCCCACCUGUGGCUACCUGCCCGAUAUAGCCCUGGCCGCCAUGUCCUCUUUGAAUGACACGGAUAAAAUAAAGGAUGUGUGCAAUGUGUUCGACGGCUAUGGCAAAAUGUUUGACAACUUGGAGCGGGACACGGGCGGCAUGAUCACGCUGGAGGACCGCUUUCUGAUGAUGGAGGCCAAGAAGAAUGUGCAGACCUUCCUGCAGCAGUACCACUUCGGGAUCUUCUACUCGUUCAUCAAGCUAAAACUGCUGGAGUGCCGCAAUAUCGUCUGGAUCAGCGAGUGCAUAGCGCAGCGCCAGACGGACAGAGUCUACGCCUACAUACCCAUACCCCUGGACUAAGAACUUAUUUUCCUUUCUUCUUCGCUGUGAAAUGUUCCGUUCCUUUUG